AUGAUACUUCUGCGAAAGAAUGCCCAUCUGGUGGAGCAGAUGUCGAAAUUAACCCGGGACUUGCAAUACAUCGCUUAUAAACAUGCUGGUUACAAAUACCCCUUGCUCUUUGCAGUGGAUAUGGAGGGCGGUAUGUUGAACUCGUUGUUUGACUCACAAAACUUGGUUCAGUACCCUGGUGCCAUGGCUUUAGCGGCUUCGGGUGAUCCCCAGCUAGCGUACGAAGUAUCCAAGGCGUUAGCAGAGGAGCUUCGGUAUAUUGGCUUUUCUAUCAUCUUGGGUCCAGUGCUUGAUGUGAUCACGAAACUCUCGCAUCAGCUUGUCCUGGUUCGGUCCUUUGGAACUACUAUAGAUGAAGUGACCAAGUACGGCAAGGCUGUGGCCAAGGGCCUCAAAGAUGGUGGUCUUAUUACAGUGGGUAAGCAUUUUCCAGGUAUAGGUAACGCAUCGGUUGACUCGUUGCUUGAGGUUCCUAUGAUGGCUGAUUCAUUAGAACAAAUCAGACGCUUCAACUCUGUGCCUUUCGUUGAGCUCAUCAAUGAAGGUUUAGUGGAUGGUAUCUCUGCUGCUGGCUGUGGAGUUCCUACCAUCUCUCCAGAUGAAACGCAUGCUUGUCUUCUGCCGGUGCUCAUAAAUCAGUUUCUUCGACAAGAGAUCGGGUUUGAUGGCUUCGUUAUCAGUGAAUGCUUAGAGAUGGAUGCCUUAUAUCAUUCUAUUGGUUUAGGCCAAGGCGUUAUGUUGGCUGUCUGUGCUGGGUGCGACCUAGUAAUGGUCUGUCACGAUUUCGAACUCCAGAUCGAGGCGAUUGAGUCGCUUUCGAUUGCCGUCAAUAACGGCACUUUGGAGGAACACAUGUAUACGCCGUCGUUAGCUCGAAUCGAAAAGCUUCAGAAAAUGCUACCGACGUGGGAUCAGAUCUUCCCCGAUGAUAACCCGCUAGAUCCUACCCUUUUUAGGCUAGCUCACCCGGAAACGUGGAAGCAACACAAAGCAUUAUCUGAAUAUGCAUACAGACGUUCUAUUACCCUUGUUAGAGACUAUGAGAGUGUCAUUCCAUUGACGCAAUUCCUUAAGCCCAAGGAACAGAAUAAUAUCUUGAUUCUUACUCCCUUGUUGAACCCGAUUUACCCGCAACUGGAAGACCCUUCGAAGAAAAACCUAUAUCCUGGAGAAUCCGUGUUUCUGAAAUUCGGCGAACACCUUUCUGAAUUUUCAGAUUCCGAAAACUUCAAUGUGCUCCAUACAACGUAUACUGCAAACGGACUCACAGCUCUUCAUGAAUCCUUAAUUGAACAUUCCCAGGCAGUGAUUGUUUUCACUUCUGAAGCUUCAAGAAACAUGUACCAAAUUGGUAUAGUCAAGUAUGUUUCCAUACUAUGCGGUGCUUCACCUCUGUCACUUUCCCAACAGUCCGGUCAAGCACAUUUGUCAAAACCAUUGGUCAUUGUGGCCACACUGUCGCCAUAUGAUUUCUACUACAACAAAAGUAUUGGAUCUGCUUAUUUAUGCUGUUACGAUUACACAGAAAAUGUUCUCAAAGAACUCGUUGGUGUCUUGAUGGGCACCUAUCCGGCUCAAGGAUGUGUACCUGGAGAGAAGAAGUUUGUGGCCGACAGAAGCAGAAAGAGAAGAAUUGCUCUGAGUCCUGGAAAGCUGCCUGAAAAGCCUCGCAGAUCUGUACCACCUAAACGAAAAUGGCUUGUCGAUGACUUUGACUGUCACAGAGAUUGGCGUGGCCUCCUAAAACUAUUCAAAGGAAACCAGCCAAACUUCAGCGAGUCGACUUUCAGACUACUUGUGUCAUUCCUACAUUCAACUUCUGCAACCCAGCGUCAUUUUGUUAUAAGAAACUCGAGUCUUAAUAUCCUUUAUGGAGUUGUGAUAACGUGGGUGCAAGACAUUGGCUCAAAAGAUUUCCCAGAUGAGGAUAAGACAGGAAGUAUAGUUUACUUGUUGGUUGACAAGAGUAAGCGUUUACAACUGAUUGGAAAGAACUUGCAUCUCAGGGCAAUGCGCUACUUACUUAAAGAACAGCAUUGUACAACGGUGACUUUAGGUUGCCUGUUUCCAAUGCCAGUGUUCUUUGAAGAAGGAUUCGAAGACAGGAAUCUGUCAUUCCUCCAUAAUGUUGGCUGGGAUGUUACCGAACAAACGAAACUGUGGCCCAACCAUAUUAUGGUCCUCAAUGAACUCUCAUCAUGGUCUGUACCACAGAAGAUCUUCCGUGAGUUGAUGAUUGUUGGUGUUCGGUUCGAUAUUUGUCUGCAGAUGGAUAAGCUUGAGGCUUUGGUUCUGCGGGCUACAGAAUAUGACGCUCAAGAGAAGGCCCUGCCGGUGUCUACAUCUACUACCAAUACUCCGGAUCUGAAUCCAACCGUUACAGAUGUGAAGACGCAUAACAGAUGGCUACGAGAACUCUACCGUGAAGCAAUGCAUUGCAAUGACAAUAAUUCGGCGUUUGAGGCAAAGAUCAUCAUAGCUCUUGAACCCAGCAAUCAGAAUGUCAUUGGUGGUAUUAUACUUUUCACGAACAAGAGUAAUCUUGCCAAAUACUAUCCGUUCGUGGAAGAGGCGUGUCUCGGAACAGGAACUUACAGGAAAGAGGCAUUGGUGGGAGGAAUUGUUGGACCGGUAAUUGAUCCGAGCUACUCCAACCUUACUGAGAUUUUCAAGUUUGGUCUCAUAUGUUCGGCGGUGACGUAUCUCAAGUCCAAUUACUGCGAUAUCAACUCUGCUAACAGCAUGAACUCAUGUAUGAUGGUUGAAGUGAUGGACGGGAAAUCAUUCAACGGGAUCAAAGCAAUUGGAUUCGAACCAUGGAGACAGUACCACCUGUAUUAUGAUAGACAGAGGGAAGAGCUUAUCAAUCUUAAGGAAACGAACUAA